AUUCCAGUUAUCUCAAAUGGGUUUCUCACCCACGGGUGUGUAAGAAAUGUAUGUUCGAUGCACAAAAAUGAUUUUUAUUGUGUCACUUUUAGCGGCUAUUUAUAUAUGGUUCUGAAGAGAAUCUAUCCGUCUGUUGAAAUGAGAUGGUAAUGUGUGUUAGUAAUGUAAUUGAAUUUGUGCAGAAAAAAAUACUUCUUGGUUUGGGUACAAAAUUACCGGACAUCAGAAGUUUUUAAUACGAAAUUACAUAACAAUAUUAUUUUGUAUGAAUACUCCAAUGAAUAUUUCGGAUGGCUAAUGCCAUUGACUCUUGCAGCUAUAUGGCCACGAUGACUGUACUCGAGCCAUCCUUUAGUAUGCGAAAUGCUGGACUUUCUCAUCAAUAACAUCUUGGCCUUUGUGAAUUUUAGGCAUUUGGGCAAUAAGUGGAUAUCCCCAUGCACACCAAUGUGUGCUCCCUUAAUUCUUACUGAUCUGUUUCUUUAUGCAUAUAUGAAUCGAAAUUUCUGCUCGGAUAGGCAAAAUCUAAACAAAGGACUUUGGCCAACAAAAUGUAACUUAUGCUUCAGUUAAUCGAUGAUCUGAUAUCGUUUAUAAUAAUGGUCAAAUGGCCAAUUCGGGUCCACUGAUUUACCCAUGCACCUGAACGAGAAGCACAUGAGAAAAGUGAAGUAAAUCCAUGUUUCAUGUUUAAAUCUGUGCUUAAAAAUGAAAAAACUAUCUACACUACUGUAUGACAAGAGGGGCGACUUUACCUCUCCAACAAUCAACCUUACCUUUUUGUCGAGCAAUAUUCCAGCAGUUCUAUCAUUUUGAGGUACUAUCGAGCAUUCUCAUACUGCGUAUUUAAGAUUCAAAGAGCGCAAUACGACUCUUCUCCAAAACCUAUUUCAUCAGGGUUACAACAUUUAAGGCCUCGGUAAAGCUUUCAAACAUUUUAUGGAAAACAGGUGGAGAACAUUUCUAAAUUUGAUGCACCAGUGACCAAACUGACGCUCGAUGCAGUUCCCUAUUUUGACUUGUACCAUACGUGCCCGUGUGGGGUUUUUUCAUGUGAACAUUUGACUUGCCUUUUCAUGUGUUUGUGACGGGUGCCACCGGUGGAUAAGGAUAUACGCUCAACCUUUCGCGAACAUCUGGUAUACCAUCUUUAUUUGAUGGUGAUACAUAAACACAAGUUUAUGAUAUAACCUCUUGCGCAAAAGAAACACAUGUUUGAUGGUGGCAAAACUGAGACUAACAAUAAUUGUUUUUUCGAUAACGAUGUAUUUUAUACGGGUAUCAUAGUUGUGUUUUGAUUCUGUUUUGUGCAGUGUUUCGGCGACUGGUUUCACCCCAGUAACGUUUUGAUAACGAUUUCAUUUUUGUUGUUGUUUUUUUUGUUUUGCAAACCCAAUUUCAAGUGUAAACUUGUUUUUGCCUGGCAAUUUUUUUACGAAAUCUUACAAUGGACUUGGUCAUGUAACGAGAAGUUGAGUUAUUUUGUUAGUGAUUUCUUUACAUCCGUGUAAUAAGAAUCUAUAAUUAGAAACUAAUUGUCUCAUAGCGAAGAAAGUGUUGAUCAUAUUUGAGAUUCAUUUUUACCAUCCUGUGGCUAACUAUUCCAUUUUGCCGGUAAUUAAAGUUACCGAUCCCAUUUCGUUUUUGAUUGAGCUAACCAUAUAACAUUGACAACAGGAAGUUGUCGCAAGGUGGCGCUACGAUGGGUUGCUAUAGGUGACGUCAAGCCAGUUCCUGUGCCAGUUCAGGUCGUUUGACAGAACGUCAGAAGUAAAUCUACACGUUUUAAGAUGUUAAUGUACUUUGGAAUAUGCCGCACUGUCUUGGAGUUUAUCUUUUACAAUUAGAGAUCAUGAACAGACUUGAGGAGCAAGUGGAAAAAGCAAACGGCUCCUAUCAAAGAUCCUGUUUUAGUAGGUCCAUAUCAUGGCAAGGAAUACAAACAAAAAUCCUGUGAUUGUUGUCACUGCAAAAUGAAAGAUAUGCCGACCAAUGGAGAGACUGCAGCGAGCAUCAAUAGCCAGCACUCCAGUGUUGAGUCUGGUGUGGAGAUCACGGCCACUUCAUCUCAACCAAACCAUGAGGGGCAUGAGGUGCCAGAGAAGCGACCCACCCCUUAUGAGAGACUGUCACAUGAUCUCAGCAAUGACAACAAGUGUAUGAAAGAAAUCACUCUUGGAAAGAGGAUAGGAUUUUAUAGAAUACGAGGAGAACUUGGAACUGGCAACUUUUCCCAAGUUAAAAUGGGGAUCCAUGCCUUAACCAAGGAAAAAGUUGCCAUCAAAAUAUUGGACAAGACCAAGUUAGAUUCUAAGACACAGCGAUUGUUGUCACGAGAGAUUUCCAGCAUGGAGAAGCUGCACCACCCAAACAUUAUACGUCUGUAUGAGGUGGUAGAGACCCUUGCCAAACUACAUAUAGUCAUGGAGUAUGCUUGCGGAGGGGAACUCUUCACGAAACUGUCCAACGAAGGCAAAUUGCCUGAAGCUGAAGCCAAAUUACUUUUUGCUCAAGUCGUAGCUGCUGUUGAACACAUGCAUGACAACAACAUUAUUCACAGGGAUCUGAAGGCUGAAAAUGUGUUCUAUGCAUCUCCAAAGCUAGUCAAAGUGGGAGACUUUGGUUUCAGUACAUGCAGCAAGCCUGAACAAACUUUGAAUACAUUCUGUGGUUCACCCCCAUAUGCUGCACCAGAGCUGUUUAAGGAUGAGAGUUACUUUGGAACAUAUGUAGAUGUGUGGGCACUCGGUAUCAUGCUGUACUUCAUGGUAACUGGCAUAAUGCCUUUCCGUGCAGACACUGUCGCCAAGCUGAAAAAGUGCAUCCUUGAAGGUAGCUACACCAUUCCGUCCUAUGUGUCUGACAGCUGUCAGUUUCUUAUACGUAGUAUUCUCAAAAACAUUCCACAAGAUCGUUUCACUAUCACCGAAAUGAAGCGAUCUGAUUGGCAAGAAGGACAGGACUUUCCAGCCCCCCUGGAGCCAUUCAAUAUGAACCCUAGUACAGGUUCAUUGUCUUUAGGUGAAGAGGAAAAGGAAGCAAGGAAGAUUAUGGACGACCUUGGCAUUAGUGAGGAUCAUUUCCGUCAAAUGAAUGGGAGAGAUUCCAGGAACAGCAUCACAGGGACAUAUCGUAUUGUGUUGCAUCGUGUGCAGAAGAAACAUUCAGGCGUUGUUGAGGGCAUGACCUCAUCUACAAGGGAUGUCAGCCUCAGUGAUCGGAAUCAUGGCCGAUUCCAACCUUCGUCCAAACAACAGUCAAAAUUCUGCGUCAUAUUGUGAUAUUUGUUUCUACAUCAAUUGUAAUACCUUGGUUUAAACAAAAUUACCUGGAUGGGUCUAUGUGGCAAAACUGAAAUGGUCAGAACCAAACAUUUGUGGACAAAAUCAUUUUGGAAAGUAUGCAUAUCAUUCAUAACAAAUUUGUCAAAAUGAAGAAAUAUCCCUUGUUUUUGUUAUAUAUGGACAUGGGCAUGUAAGUGAUCAUGUUAGAUAAUUAGUCGAUGAUAUGUUUUGCUAUGUAUCUUGUUUUUGAGCUGACAUCUACUGUUUAAACCAUGAUAUUGCAAAAUUGCUAGAACAUGUUUUUUUAGCCAGUGUAGAAUAUAGUCAAGUUUUCAAGUAUUAUUUUCUGAAGGGCACUAUCAGUGAAAAUGACAGAAAUGUAACAAAUUCCUCGAAUAAGGACUUUACAAAUCCGCUUUUUAAAAAGACAAACACAGAAAUAUUGCUUCACGACAUUCCACUACAAAUGUUUCUGUCAUAUCUCUUUUUUAUAUUCUAAGUCAUUACUGUGUGCUUGCUGUCUUUAAGAACAAAUUAACCUCUGUUUCAUUUUGCUCCAUUGGUCAUGUUGGUCCUGAGCUUCACUCACAUACAUCCUUUAAUUCAAAUUAUGUCACAUGUUUCAAGUUCAAAUAGUAUUUGUUUAUUCAGUUUGAAAAUGUUGCAGGUACUUUGUUUUAUUACUAUGUUAUUUUAUCAUGUUGAGGUAUUCAAAUGGUUUUAGAGUAUGUUCUUUAUGCAUUAUGACCUAUAUGCCAACCUUAAAGGCUAUGUACAAGUACAGAAUUUGUAAAGUUCUUUUCCCCAACUCUUUUCUUACCUCAGAGAUCAUGAAUGUUUUAUGCAGCCACUACAAAUAACAUUUGGAAGCUCCAGUGAGAAGAGAACACAGUCCUGUUCUGAUUUACAGGUGCCUUGUUGUCCAGGUUGUUGAAUUCACAACUCUUUAUAUCAUAUUACAGAUUCUUUACCCAGUGUAACAAGGUUCUCAAAACUGUUUUUGUACAGAACUGAAUCUCUCACUCACAUUUGUUGAUAAGAAAUAAUAGGCAACUAUUAGGUCUCAUUUUGAGAAUGUGUAUUUUACACCUUGAUUUCUGUUUUUGGAAUUGUUUACAUUUUUUAUAUCUCUAUGUCUAUAUUUGCAUCCACCUUGUGGAACGGUAGCUUUAAAAGAAGGGUAUUGCACGAUGACAUUUUUUUUAAUCAUUUUGUCAUAUUAUCAAUCACAUGUUAGAUAACAUUGAAUAAUAUUUUAAAACAUCACUGAAUCUAUUUUUCAGUAACUUUAGAUUACAAUUAUCAGUUAAAGUUUUAACUAUGUGUAUUUUCUAACCCCUUACUAUAGGUUAAGGUUUCUAAAAUAUAUAUGAGGAAGCUGUGUCUUCUCCAGGUACUAAUGAAUGUUGUAAGGAAGUUUCUGUUAGUGUUGUCCUCAUUAUGGCUGUUGAUUGUCAUGCCUACAGAAGGUGUUACAUAGAAUAAGUGGAAUAACUAGGAUCUAAUUGUAGAACGGUCACAGCUGUACGUAAGUUCUACAGCUUCUAACUGAAAAUACUUUUCAUUUGGCCAUUUUGUUUUAACUGUGUACUUAUAUAAAGCCUCUUGCCAUCGUGUCUGUCUGUGAUGUCUACCCUAAAGUAUUAUCAGAGAAGGAAUGGAAGAAGUGAGCAUUAAUUUGCAUGUGAUUGUAUGCUAUCAGAAUUAGAUGAAACUGCAUGUAUGUGCCAAAUCCUGUUACUGGGGGCUAAUGAUUUCAACAAUUGUUUGAUCUUGAACUUUACCAAAAUUGAGCAUACUUUGAUUUGUUAGAUUUCUGUUGUUUCUUUAAGAGCUGUCUAGAUUUUCAUUACUCAAGGAAGGUGUUUUGGUCGUGAUAACUGGAAUACAGACAUUUCAAGUUUUAAUACUUAUGUUCACAUGUUUUAUUACCCAAAUGGUGAAGAAUCACUGAAGAUACAGGUGUUAUGAUACUAAAUCUGUACGUCACACGUGUGUUGUACAAGGUUGACCUUAGUUUAAUUGUUUUGAUUGGAUAACUGUGUCACACAGGAACUACUAUUUUCAUUCUUAAAAAAUCACAAGACGUCUUUUACUUUUACAACUACAAGGCAGAACUGAAGUAAUCUCAUAAAAGCUAGAGACAUUUACACACACUUUAUUAACCAAACAAGAUACUCAUGUACAUCAAAUUCACUUUGCAUUCUAUAUUAGUGAUGCAUAGAGCUACUACAGACAUUAUAUAAUCGAGCUUUGUCCAUUUGCAAUGUGCCGAUAAAUCAAGGGUCCCUAUGAGCAUGACUCACCUAACCACUUUCGCGACUUUCAAUUUGAUUUAAUGUAGUAGGUUAAGCUUGUGAAAUGGAGUCAGUUUAAACUGUCUGGACAGAUAUCUAAGACUUACGUUGGGUGCUCCGGUUGUGCCAUCAGUGUCCCCUGCGAUGCGUUUUUUGUGGCAUUGCUUCCAAAGGUAUUUGUUUAUAAAUAAACAUACACGGCUGCACGACCAGAUCAUUCAAAGUGAUCUGAUACAAAUCAAUCGUGAAAUGUGAACAAAAACAUUCCCUAUUGUUGUCUUGCGUAAAACGCUGUUAAUAGAUCAGGGUUGUCUUUUCUUUUUCCGAUGGUGACCUUGCCCUUCGUUCGAAAGCAGUCAUUGACAUGCAAGCAGACUUGAGUUUGUUGAUUUCCAGGUCUUCAGUUUCGGGUUGUACAGUCAACAUAAACAUCUUUGGCGAACACACUGAUUUCCCUCUUCCAAAAUGGUACAGACAGGAUACAAAUUCAGCUGAUAGAUCAAGGAAACCGAACCAUUUUGAUUGCAUGCUGGGACCCCGUCAUGUG